ACUGCAUAGCACCUAAACGUCAUCACAACAGGAAGUAUCAGCGACUGGGCAAUAACGUUGUCGGUGUAUGUGUAAAGCCACAGCGCUGUGGAUGGAUACAAAAAAUAAUAUGUGUGUACUGUAAAUCGGUGUGUCGGAAGAAACAGGGUUCUCCUUCUGCCAGCGUCCAUGGACGACGCCCAGGAACAACGCACCCCCGUUAGGAACAAAUAAAUCCGACGGGCGAGCCUGUUCCCUCGGUUCCUUCUCGGUGGACAGUUCACCUAUGAUGGAACGGGCGAUGGAGCAGCUCAACGUACAGCUCAGUCGGCUGACCCGUUCCCUUCGCCGGGCCAGGACCGUGGAACUCCCAGAAGACAAUGAGACUGCGGUGUACACACUGAUGCCAAUGGUCAUGGCUGACCAGCACAGGUCAGUGUCAGAGUUGCUGCUCAACUCAAAGUUUGAUGUGAACUACGCCUUUGGACGAGUCAAGAGAAGUCUGCUACACAUCGCUGCCAACUGUGGCUCAGUGGAGUGUCUGGUUCUGCUGCUGAAGAGAGGAGCCAACCCAAACUACCAGGACAUCUCAGGCUGUACCCCUCUGCACCUCGCUGCUAGGAACGGACAGAAGAAGUGUAUGGGCAAACUCCUGGAAUAUAAUGCUGAUGUCAACAUCUGCAACAAUGAGGGACUGACCGCUAUCCAUUGGCUGGCGGUGAAUGGGAGGACGGAGCUCCUUCACGAUCUGGUCCAGCACGUGUCCAACGUGGAUGUGGAGGAUGCCAUGGGGCAGACAGCUCUACACGUAGCCUGUCAGAACGGACACAAAACCACGGUGCUGUGUCUCUUGGACAGUGGAGCUGACAUCAACCGGCCAAACAUCUCUGGAGCCACGCCUCUGUACUUUGCCUGCAGCCAUGGCCAAAGAGACACAGCGCAGAUCCUGCUCUCUCGUGGUGCCAAAUACCUCGCUGACAAGAAUGGAAUCACUCCUCUGGAUCUAUGUGUGCAGGGUGGAUAUGGGGAGACCUGUGAGAUCCUCAUCCAGCACCACAGCAGACUUUUCCAGACCCUCAUCCAGAUGACCCAAAAUGAUGAAAUGAAAGAGAACAUGCUCAGGCAGGUUCUGGAGCAUGUCUCUCAGCAGAGAGACAGUCAUUACCAGAGGAUCUUGACCAGUCUUGCUGAAGUAGCUACCACCAAUGGACACAAGCUUCUCAGCCUGUCCAGCAGUUAUGAAGCACAGAUGAAGAGCCUGCUGAGAAUCGUUCGUAUUUUCUGCCAUGUGUUCCGCCUGGGGCCUUCUUCACCCAACAACGGCAACGACAUGGGCUACAAUGGCAACAAGACGCCUCGCAGCCAGGUCUUUAAGAUGUGUGCGAGACAGAUGGCUGUGGAGACGGUACAAAAAGAUGAAUGUCCCUGGACAGGUUCUGCUGUCUUUGAUCCAAUGGAGCUGCUGUGGCACUCCCUGGACGAGUGGCUGGUGCUUAUCUCCACAGAGCUGGACAGGAACAGGAAGAACCCUUCUUCCCCCUCCUCCAGCAGCAGCGAAAUAGCCUCGCUGCUGCUCAAACAGCGGGAGGUCGACCCCUCCGGCUCCAUGCCCUCCUUGCUGGACGCCCAGACCGCCAUGGAGACAGAGGUGUACGCCGAUGGGGAGGACGUCAUCUCCAUGACGGCCAGUCGGCUCAGUGCUGUGAUCCAGGCCUUCUAUAUGUGCUGCUCCUGUCAGAUGCCACAAGGAAUGACAUCCCCUCGCUUUAUUGAGUUUGUCUGCAAGCAUGACGAGGUGCUCAAGUGUUUUGUAACCAGGAAUCCAAAGAUCAUCUUUAACCACUUUCAUUUCCUCCUGGAGUGUCCAGAGUUGAUGUCACGCUUCAUGCACAUUAUUAAAGGCCAGCCCUUCAAAGAUCGCUGCGAGUGGUUCUAUGAGCAUCUGCUGGCCGGCCAGCCGGACUCAGACAUGGUUCAUCGUCCGGUCAACGAGAACGACAUCCUGCUCAUCCACAGAGAUUCCAUAUUCAGGAGUAGCUGCGAGAUGGUUUCCAAGUCCACCAAUGAGAAACUCAAACAGGGCAUCGCUGUUCGCUUCCAUGGCGAGGAGGGGAUGGGCCAGGGGGUGGUUCGGGAGUGGUUUGACAUCCUGUCCAAUGAGAUCAUCAACCCAGACUAUGCUCUGUUCACUCAGUCAGCUGAUGGUACCACUUUUCAGCCGAACAGUAACUCGUCGGUGAACCCGGACCAUCUGAACUACUUCCUGUUCGCAGGUCAGAUCCUGGGUCUGGCUCUGUACCACCGACAGCUGGUCAACAUCUAUUUCACCCGCUCCUUCUACAAACACAUUCUGGGUAUCCCAGUGAACUACCAGGAUGUGUCGUCCAUCGAUCCAGAGUAUGCCAAGAACCUGCAGUGGAUCCUGGACAACGACAUCAGCGAUCUGGGUCUGGAGCUCACCUUCUCCGUAGAGACAGACGUGUUCGGGGCGAUGGAGGAAAUGCCGCUCAAACCCGGAGGGACCAGCAUCCUGGUCACCCAGGACAACAAGGCCGAGUACGUCCAGCUGGUGACGGAGCUGAGGAUGACGCGAGCCAUCCAGCCUCAGAUAAAUGCCUUCCUGCAAGGAUUCCACACCUUCAUCCCCCCCUCGCUCAUCCAGCUUUUCGACGAAUACGAAUUGGAGCUCCUGCUGUCAGGGAUGCCAGAGAUCGAUGUGCAGGAUUGGUACAGGAACACUGAGUACACCAGUGGCUACGACCCUCAGGAGCCAGUCGUCCAGUGGUUCUGGGAGGUGGUGAACAGCCUGACCCAGGAGGAACGGGUUCUGCUGCUUCAGUUUGUCACUGGAAGUUCCAGGGUUCCUCAUGGUGGCUUUGCCUACCUGAUGGGUGGCAGUGGUUUACAGAAGUUCACCGUUGCUGCAGUGCCAUACACCUCCAACCUACUGCCUACCUCUAGUACCUGUAUCAACAUGCUAAAACUCCCAGAAUACCCGAGCCAGGAGGUCCUGAGAGACCGGCUGCUGGUCGCGCUGCAUUGUGGGAGCUACGGUUACACCAUGGCGUGAACGUCUGCUGCUGUGAGGUUCUGCAGACUCCUGCAACACUCCCUCCUCCUCCUCCUCCACCUCCUCCUCCUCCUCCUCCUCCUCAGACACUCUUUUUUUGUAGUCAGGCGCUGCUUUUGCUGGACAAAAAAAAAAGAGAGAGAAGGGAAAUCCAGAGUCUUAUUAACGAGCUGCUGGCGAAACAGACUGAACAGAGACCACCGUUUCUGGAUCUCUCCCUGUGCCAGAACUUCUAUUUUUUUGAUUGAUGCUGGUAUCUGGUAAUUUAUGCAAAUAAUUUAAUAUAUUCUAAAUUUGACUAUUUUCAUGCAUUUAUUUUAGAAGAAAAAAAAACAGCAUUUAUACCAUGAAUUCUCUACGUAAAACAGUAAUCAUAAUAAUCACAAUACAACCUAUUGCUGCAUGCUUACUGAAUGCCAAAUAUGGAUGUUGUUUAACACCUGUCCAUAUAGAACCAUUGCCGAAUUGAUCAGUUUCAAACAUCAAUCAAACUGCACGGUUUAUAUGUCCCAGCUUCACAGCGCUGAUUCCUUUACAGAAAACUGGUAUAAUAGAACAAAUGUAAAUUUUUAGUUUCAGCCUCAUUUUCAGAUUCAAGACUAUUAUUUAUUUAUUAAAUGUUUUGUCUAUCUCCCUAUUUUAAAGCCAGAGUGUGUAGUUUCUGUCUCCCCCAUGAGGAAUUCUAAGUAAUGACGACAACAACUGUCGGCGCGUCCACGUGAUACAAGCCUUCCGUGAUCACGCACUCGCCGGUGCGUGAUCUGGUCUAGUAGCUCUUCUCCGCUACCGAAAACUCGGCUGACCUACCGUCAGGGCUGGGUAUGAUCAGAAGUUGGAGAUGCGAAUGGUGCCAAUAUGAUUGCUGAUUUAUUUUGAUACUUUCUUGCACUGUGAAGAAACCAAACACGCAUUUUGUUUAACAAAAUAAGCCAAACUUCAGAAGUGAGCGUAAAAUCAAUGCACUACGUGUAGUGUGUCGACAGUCUAACAUUCAAGUCCUGCGUGACAGCUGAUCAUGUCAUCCCAUUAAUGUGCUGCUAUAACAGCUUCCCCCUGUCUGGUUUCAGGCGGCAGGGAUUGGCUCCCAUUCAGCCACAAGAGCACCCGUGAGGUCCAACACCUAAGUCGGUGCAGUCGGUGUAGGGCUGCACGAUAUGAGGAAAAUAUGCGAUGACGAUAUUACUUGCGAUAGUUUCUGCCUCCCCCGUGAGGAAUUCUACGUAAUGACAACAUCACUGUCGGCGCGUCCACAUUGUACAAUAUAUCAUAUUUUCUUCCAACAAGCAAAACAAAAUCUCCGACUGUCUAUCGCGAUACGUCGCAGCCUUUCGCCACAUGUACAAAGACUGCGGCAGAUGAUAUUGCGAUGAUGACUUAAAAAAAAAAAAAAAGAUAUGUUGUGCAGCCUUAACAGCCAAAACACGUAAGCGUUGUGUAUAGCAGCGUAGCGCGGCUAUUUUUAUUUUAUCCAAUUGGUGUUCAUACCGGGUGCAGAGCGCCGGCGUCGGCGUCUCCUCUAUUCCUUGCACGAUACGCGAGCCUAUGUGUCAAGCCAGGUGGGUAAUCACAUACAGGAAGACCACAGUGCAGCCGCAUCCUUUACAAAAAUAAAACACAUUUCAAAAUAAAACAGCCAGGUUUAUGGCGGGGUUUUGGCUGUCUUGACUUCUCACAGCGAGACACGCGAUCAGGCACACGGAGAAAGAGACCGACGAACGGACGGACAGAGAGAGAGAGAGAGACACACACACACACACACACACACACAGGCUAAAAUUACUACAGUUUUCCCCAGUCAGCCUGUCUCUUUCGAUCAGAGAGAGAGAGAGAGAGAGAGAGAGAAGAAAUAUCACUUUAUGACCGGCGCGUAGAAAUAAAGGUCCAGUGUGAAUGGCCGGGCGCGGGAUCAGGCCCGUAUCUACGCUACGCAACAGGUUUUCAUUUUUUGGGCAACAAUACAGAUUAGCGCCGCCUGCUGUUAUGGAGACGUAUUACAUCUCGUCUC